UUACUUAUAAAAAAUCUUUUUUUUUUACAAUUCAAGGCGAUGAUAUUUGCGUGGUAAAAAUAUGUCUGCGUAGAAUGGUUGGAAUCGUAUUUAAACUUAGAAAAACAUUGAAACUAGAUAAAAAAAAACUAUACUUGUAAAGAAAUAUGGGUGAGGCCCCGAUGUUAUGUGAUAGGUGACGUUUUGUUAUGUUAUGUUCUUGAGUUAGUCAGAUUAAAUUAAACCUACGUAUUAUAUCAGUUUUGUUAGGAUUGUCAUUUUUUUAUUCAAUUGCUAAUAGAUUCAUCAAUAAGUAUAACCAUCACGAAAAAUUCUUUAUGGAUUAGUUCACUCAUAUUAGAUAUUAAUACUACAUGUUAAAAUUUGUUGUGAUAUUGGAUUAAAAACAAACAAACAAUUUUUAAUAAGAUUUGAAAAUCAUAUUUUUAUAUCAAAAUGGGUUGCAUUGCAUUGUUUGCAAAGUUUUUUCUAUGCUUCUUCAAUUUCAUUUUCUUCAUUGCCGGUGGAGCUGCUUUAGCUGUUGGAAUAUGGCUUAUUGUUGAUAUAAGUACAUUUACAAAUCUCAUUAGCAAAAUCGACGAGUCCGAUGUUCUGACAAAAACAGAUCCUGAUGUUAUAAAAACAAUAUCUUACGUUUUGAUUAUUGUGGGAGCACUUACGUUUAUUGUCAGUUUCUUAGGAUAUUGCGGUGCCAUGUUCGAGUCUAGAUGUUUACUUUGUAUUUAUGGCAUUCUCAUCCUAGUUGUUUUGAUCUUGGAAUGUACUGUAGUAGGUUUGUCAUUCAGUUGGAAUAGUGAAACAGAACAAGGAGUAAGAAUGUUACUCAAGGCAACGAUGAAAUAUUACGCAACCAAUGAAGACAAAACUGAAGCUGUUACGGUAGCUUGGGACGAAAUAAUGAAUCAGAUGAAAUGUUGUGGAGUUGACAACUAUACGGAUUUCAGUCAAAGUCCUAAUUGGUCGAUGAUAGAAAAGAAAGUACCUGAGGCAUGCUGCAAUAAAAUUAAUGGUAUUCUCCAGGAUUCAAAUUGUCCAAGUAGACCAUCGUUAUCAAAUUCAUAUCAUAUGCAGGGAUGCUACAAUGCGAUAAUAAAUUCGAUCCAAGAAAAUGCAGCAAUUGCUAUUGGAGUAGCUGUAGUCCUAGUUUUUGUCGAAUUGAUUGUCAUUAUUUUGGCAUUAUAUUUGGCAUGCUGUUAUUGGCGACCACAGCAUGUAUUGACUUGUUGGUGCUGCUGCUGACGC